AACUUCCUUCUCUCCUGGCUUUAUUUACAUUCCAUAUUUAAACCCCUCAUUCCUCGACUUCCCAAUCAAAAUCAAAAUAUCCAUUAGAACUCUUGAUUUUUCCCACCCCGUCCCCAAGUUUUUUCUCGAGAAAAAAUCCAGUUUUCCACCCAGAAAAAUUUGUCUCUUCAUCAUUUCUCCUCCGACCAAGUAUGGCCUUCCCAUCGCUCCACCUAUUCACGGCAGCUCUUGUUUUCUUGGCGUUUUUUGGCAUGUCCAGGGCCCUGAUCUCCAGCCCAGAUCUCAAUCCUCCGUACCCUAAAGCGAUUUCUGAUUUGAAAGAAGCUAUAGUCAAAGGGUUAGGGUUAGAAACGGACGAUAUCAAGAUCUCUGGGUUUGAUAUCAGAGACGCUCUUGUGGGGCAUUCGGUUGCGUAUGAGUUCGACGUAGAGAUCGACAAUAAGGUUCUUCCAUUGAAGCUGUUGGAGGAUGUGAACCGAUGGGAAUAUGUAGAUUUGCCGAUUUUUCAGGUUGAGGAUUCUUUGACUUCAGAUGAAGAGGAUGGAUUGGUUGAGCGAAAAGCAGAAAAUGGUUUGCCGGUUUUGGCGCCGUUUCAGUUGGCUGGCCCUAUGGAGCUUUGGAUUCGGGAUGCCAAGGAUAUGCGACUAUCAUUGCCACAUGAUGUGGAUGCUGGUGUCUUGAAGAAAGUGAUAUUAGCUGAUGGGGCGGUCGUAACGGUUAAGGGUGCCAGAUCAGUCAACCUGCGCCAGCCCCUUGAUCUGCAGCUCCCUUUAAACAGAAGUCACAGUGGUUUUGCCUCUGGUCUCCUUACCCUGGCCGAACAACUCCGCCAUGCUUCCCACACUCAGGGGGCUCCUCUCCUCUCCCUCCGCAUUGUUGGGCCUACCUCCCUCACAUCCCCUUCCUCGUCGUCGCCUUCUUCUAGCAACAAGCUCAAGUUGAAGCGCCUUGCACCAGGCCUAGUGGAACUAUCGUCGCCAUCAAAACCUCCCAAAGUUGUGGAUGCACUCUCUACCAUUCAUCUUCAAGAAGAAGCCAUAAGCAUGUUGACGCCUGCUCACUUCACAUCAAUGUGGCCUUUUGCUUCGAUCAAUGGCUCAAACCCUAACUUGCUAGGUUUUGAGGCACUUCUUUCCUCGGUUCUUGGCCCCAAGGCUCAAAAGAAAGGUUCCUUCAGAUUGUUAAAGGCGGAUGUAUCUGCUCAAACAUUCAUAAAGAUAGAGUUUGUGGUGGAGAAGAAAUUGAAAGAAGGUGACCUGCAAGGCUUUCCAUCGUGGAGGACAAAGCCAGAAAGAGUAAGGAACCAUUUUGAGGUGCUUGCAAAGGUUGAUGGGGACAAGAUUGUUCCAGAGAAAAUAGUGCAGGUUAACCCUGUUAUUGUGGAGGACACUGUGGCCCCUAGUGUGCUCUUGGAGAAUGCCACCAUGUCCACCACCCCCAUUUUUUACCAUCCCUUCAGUCCCUUUGCCUUGUAAAUUUGCAGGAGGGGCAUACAUUUUUGGUCUUGUGACCGGACUGAAGUGAAAGGAAUAUGCAUCUUUUUGUUUUUCAAGGUUUUGUAGUUCUGUACAUGGAUGACAUUUUAAAUUGGUUCAUAAUACUUUCUUAUGAGUAUGGGGUGGGGGGCACCUAAAACUGUAAAAAUCGGAGAUAUGAAGUUAUGAAAGGUUCAUUUACUGUUAUAUCUA